GCAAAAAAAAAGUAUUUAAAUUGCAAUAAUUUUCUAACAAAUUAGAAUUUUGAAAAAAGAGAAAAAAAAAUACUGACUCGAGUUUAUCUAUAAAAGUUUAUCAAGUUAUAACAAGUUUAUCAUGUCAAAUAUUACUCUGUAGUUACAUUUCUGCGGCCUGCAAAGUGGCUCGCAUGGUUAUUUUUACCGCAAGUUUAAUCGUUCUCGAACUAUAAUCGAAUGUUAAUUUCUUUUUAUUCCAUCGUACUCCCUGAAAAUUUUUUACAUAUUUUCGUAAUUUCAAGUCUCAUAGUUUUUGAGUACGUUAAAACAAAAUGAAAUGUAAAGUUUACUAUACAUAGUUUUCCUUAAAAUAAGUUUUAAAAAUAAAUAUAACUUAUCAAAAAGUACAUGUAACUUAUCUGCUGUUUUACGAUUGUAAAACGGUGCAUGUCUGGAAACUUAAUUAGGCAAUAUCAUAGAAUUAUAGUAAAGGAAUACAACUUUUUGUUUUAAGAUUUUAAUUCGGAAUAAUAUUGUUACGUAGAAUGGGAUUGUUACGACUCUUUUUCUCACAUUUUAAUUUAAAUAAUGGAACAAAAAAAAAAAAGCUGAAAUGACAAAAUAAGUUGUACAUAAGUAUCAUAAUAUGUUAACUAAAAAAUUUUAAUGCAGCUUAAACAAUUAUAUCUUAAAUAUUUCAGUAAUAGAAAUAGAACAGAAUUAAAAUACCUUUAAAUAAAGGAAAAAUAAAUCAUUAUAAAUUUUAUUAGCUUUAUGUUGAUGGCCACUGAGUAUUUUUGGAUCUUCUGUGAUAAUGAAGGAUUCCGUCAUAGAUUUUUCUGUCCAAUAAGAAUGAACCGAUAAAGAUGAAAAGACGAAGUUCUUUUUUUUUUUUUUUUUUUAAAUGUUAUACGGAGAAAAAAUGAUUACACUUGCUUUCAAAACUCUGAUUCUAAAUUUAUUUUUAUGUUUUGUUAAAUUUUUAUAAGUGUUUAAGUUUGACAAUGAUAUCAACGAAAUCCAGUGCAAUAUUUUAACAGCACCUAGCAUCAACAGAGAUUUGUAUUUAAAUUUAUUGAUUUCAGAGAUUCCACAGGUGGUUGUGUUUAAUAGACCAUUCACACUUUCAUUCUUCAAUUUUUUUUUAAAACCUGAUGUAAGAAAAAAAUUAUAAAUAUCACCAAUACUAAUAAAAUAAUAAUAAUAAAAAAAUGCCCAACCAAUAGCAAACUAAUUACAAGCAAAUAAAUGUGUUAGAGAAGAAAGUGAAAGAAAUCCCUAAACUUUCUGUGUUUUCCCUUCGGAGAGAGAUUUCUCCCUCUAAUAAAUGCCACUGAUUGUUUUUGUGUAUCUGCGCAUGCCUUACUGCGCUGGUGCAUUUUCUAAGUUCUUGUAUCAAACGGUUCGUAUUUUCUUGGGGUGUUGAUUCUAUUGUCCUGAUUAUAUUUAGUGCAAUAGUACUGAGCGAUAAUUUUCAUUCCUCUAACAAAUGCGAACACAACAUAAAAUCGCGAUUUUCGGCAGUGACGGUGUUGGAAAAUCUUCUAUUGUGAUUCGGUAUGGGUAUCAAGAGUUUCAUGAAAAACUUGCUCGAGAUUUGGAAGAUGACUACAAUCUGCUAAGAGACAUAGAUGGAAAACAGUACCUGCUAAGUAUUCUGGAUGCUGUUGGCAAUAGAAAUUUCAGUGAAAAUUGCAAAGAAUUUACCAAAGAAUGUGGGGGAUUUGUUCUCGUGUAUUCCUUAACAGAUAAGUCCACUUUCAAUGACUUGCAAGAUUUAAGGGAACAGGUAUUAAGAAUGAAAGGCAGAGAUGAUGUACCAAUAAUUUUAGUGGGCAACAAAUGUGACUUGGAAGAUGAACGGGAGAUCAGCCAAGAUGAAGCUGCUAACUUAGCUAAGUUAUUUAACAAUUGUACUUUCAUAGAGUCAUCUGCUAAAGACGAUAUUAAUUUCAGCGAGAUUUUCAGUGAACUUGUCAGGCAAAUGAUAAUGGGACCGGUAUCUGAAAGUCCCGCAUCAGAAAGUCCAGUAUCUGAAGAUUAGAAACAUAUCAACGAGAAAGAGAAAUCUAAUUUUUUUGAAUGCGUA